GCCUUACUUUGAGGCAGAGGAAGUUGGCUUCGCACACCAAGAGCCUCAACAGUCUGACUGGGUUCCAUACUACGAGGCAGAGGAGGUUGGCCACUCCCCACGUGCCCGUCGCGAGCAAGCCAGCGAAGAGCCCCGGCAGUCGGGCUGGCUGCCAUACUAUGAGGCAGCGGAGGUUGGCAACACGCCACGUGAUCAUCGAGAGAACGCCACCGAAGAGUCCCAAGAGUCUGGCUGGGUGCUGCCCAGCCUUCCUUUUGCAGCUUUUGCUGGAUUUGCAUCCGCAGCUGCCUGGUCGUCAUCCCCUGCUGAUGCGACGACUGAAGAAGACCUACCUUCCAGCGAGGCAGCAGUUGCGGCUGAUGCGCCACAGGAAGGCCUGAGCCUCAGCUUCGCCAGCUUCAGCCUGCCCUUCGCCGCCUUCGCCGGUUAUGGUGAUGAAGCUGCCGCUUCGACGCCGAAAGCAAAGGCACCGCCGAAGCCCAAGCCACCAGCGCCGAAGUCGCCUGUGGCGAAGCCGCCGAAGCCUGCGAAGCCCAAGUCAACGGCAUCGCGCAAGGAUGGCAAAAUUGACCAGGAGGUGCAGAAGAUGGCGCAGGUUGGGUGGCAGCCAUGGGCAACCUAUGCUGCCGAAGACAACGAGGAGCCAGGGAAUCCAGAAAGCAUCGUGCUGCCACUCCGCCCACCGCACA